AUGGCGACACCAUCGUCGGCUCCUGUGCCAGACUCCACCCUGCCGUUCUGGCGAACAGAAACACACGAAUUGGAUUGCCACCGGAGCACACCCGAGCUCCCCGAAGAAUGUGAUAUCCUCAUUAUCGGUGCAGGGUACACCAGAGCUGCCAUAGCACAUUUUCUUUACAAGGAUAAUCCAUCACCACCAUCUGUCGUUAUCCUAGAAGCUCGACAUGCCUGUUCCGGGGCUACAGGUCGUAAUGGCGGCCAUUUAAAACCAGAUGUCUACUUCGGUCUUCCGAAAUACAUCAAAAAAUAUGGUGUCAAAGCUGCAGUGGAUGUCGCUCGUUUUGAAGCUUCUCAAGUGCAUGCCGUCAAGCAGCUUGUAGAGGAAGAAAAAAUUGACUGCGAUUUUGUUCUUACUCGGGCUUGUGAUGUUAUUUUAGACGAGGGAUUGGCAGCGGAGAUUGAAGCUGCCUUUACAGAAAUGGCGAACUCGGGGGUUGCAAAUCUGACCGAUGUCCAUUUUACGAAAAGAAAGGAUGCGGAGCGGGUCUCUGGUGUGAAAGGCGCAUUGAAUUGCUUCACAUUCACAGCCGGUCACAUCUGGCCGUAUAAGAUGGUGAUGCACCUUCUUAAAGGUGUUGUGGACAAGGGCGCCAAUCUUCAAACAAUGACUCCAGUCACUCAUAUCUCUGAGAAACCACUCCCAGAUGGUCGAUGGUUGGUUACAACUGAAAGGGGAAGCGUCAAGGCCAAGAAGGUGAUCCUCGCAACAAACGCUUACACCUCACAUGUUGCUCCCCAAUUCACAAACCACAUUGUCCCUGUGCGAGGCAUUUGUAGCCGGAUUGUUGUACCUCCUCAUAAAGUUCCUCCUUUUCUCCCUCAAACGUACAGUAUCCGCUACGGGUCUUCAAUGUAUGACUACCUUAUACCGAGACCCGAUGGAAGCAUCAUUGUCGGAGGCGCCAAGCCACCUUUCUGGUCAGAUCGCUCUCAUUGGUACAACAAUACGGAUGAUAGCAAGCUCAUUGAGCCGGCCAAAUCGUGGUUUGAUGGACUUAUGCAGAGGACGUUUGUUGGUUGGGAGAACAGCGAAGCAUAUCCCGACAAAGUCUGGACUGUAAUCAUGGGUUAUAGCUCAGAUUUCAUGCCAUACGUGGGCGAAGUGCCUGAUAAGCCAAACCAGAUCAUUCUUGCUGGUUUCUCAGGCCACGGUAUGCCUUUGAUUCUUCUUUGCGCCAAAGCAAUCGCACAGAUGGUUCGAAGCGGAACCAGUUUCGAAGAGACAGAAGUACCUUCAUUGUUCAAGGUCACAAAGGAGCGACUUGCGAGCGAGAAGAACGAAAUCCUGGACGGGCACAACAAGGAAAAUCCCAGAGCGAAACUAUAA